CUCUCAUCUCACAAUUUUCAUCACUUAAACUCCAUAUAUUCAUCACUUUAUCAAAACCCAAAAAAUUUAAAGCUCAAUCCUUGCAUUGAGCUCUUAAUUUUCAUUAUUGGAUGCUUGGUUGUAUCGUUCCUUCACUGUUUUUGAGUUGAUACUUAUUAUUUUAAAGAAAGUUUAUAAUCAGGAUGUCAAGUGUAAACCAAGUACAAGGAUUUGAAUGUGAGAAACCAGAAUAUAUAACUAGUACUACUAGUAGUGGUAGUGCUACUUUAAUGAGGAGGACACUUUCAGCGGUUGACAUGUUUUCUAAAGUUGCUGAUCAAUAUGUCGAACCAAAGAAUGAUUAUUCUCAAAAACCACAACAACCAGGACAGUUUGAUAUUUGGUGUUCAAUUCUUAUUCAAAAACCAUCAUCUCUUCCACCUCCAUAUGUUCAUCCUCUUGUGAAACAAUCCAAGAGUUGUCUAUCUCUUAAAAGCCUUGAGAUUUGUACUGAAAACUUAGGUUCUGAAUCCGGCUCUGAUGGUUACCCUCAUUCAGACAUUAGUCUUUCCGAUACUGAAGAAGAAGACGAAGACAUUCAAGAAGUAGAAGAAGAAUCAAUCGAACAAGUAGUAGUAGAAGAAAAGAAGGAAUUAGCAGUAAUAAUGAAUUAUAGUAAGAAAUCAUCAUCACCACCACCAUCAGUUCGUAGAUCUUUCCCACCGCCACUUAAAUCACUCUCUAAUUUCCCACCCCCACUGAAAUCACUCUCAAAGCCAGGAGGAGGAGGUAUUCAAAUGAAAACUCAUCGUCAAGAUGGAAGAUUAAUUCUUGAAGCUGUCUCUGUUCCCACUUCUACAAACUGCUUCAAUGCGCAACGUCGAGAUGGUCGUCUUGUUCUCACUUUCUCUUCACCUAUCCAAGAAUCCAUCAAGAACCAAGAAAAUAGUUUCGAGACCGAUGAGGAAGUAGAAUUCGGAUGCUGUCAUGAUGAUGAGAUUGAACAAUAUCAAGAAGAAGAGCCCAUAACCGAAGAGGAAGAAGACAAAACGAUUGUGUUGGAAAUGACUAGUGCCAGAGUUCCAAAAUUGCCAACUGGAGUGAUAAAUGUUCACAGAUCAGCAUUGAUGGCGAAUAAGUUUACAGGUCUGACUAACAACAGGAAUAAUUGGUCAUCAUCAUCUAACCUGGAAAACAAGAUUGAAAAAACGAUGAAUUCACCAUCAACAAAACUAGUACCACAGUCACUUCCAAUAUCACCACCAAAAUUAGCUGCAAGGGCACCACGAAUGUCGGCAUCCCGGUUAGUACCGGAAAAAGAAACAGUUGCGGCCACUGCCGCGGUAGAGCCUACUUUCAACAGAUACGAGUACUGUUGGAGAAAAGAUACAUCCUCAGUGGUACCAGUUAGUGGAAUUCAUCAUCUACUUGACCAACAACAGAACAGCAAAAAUACUUACCACAACAACUACAACAGUAAUAAUCUCACAAGUUGUAAGAAUAAUUACUACACCAACAGUAAUAGUAAUAAUUUACUUCCAUCAACAACAAAAGGAGUAAGUGAUUAUAAAGAGGAGAAACAGAAACCGAACGGUAAUGGAAAAAAGCAGCAGGUUGUUGAGCAUUUGAUAGUUCCAGCUUACUGCAAACCAGAACCAAGGAGAUCUUUAGUGUUUUGGGAACCUCCUCAUUGCAUUACCACAUCUUAGUUAAUUCAUCAAAAACCAUUUUCGUACAAUUUUUGUGUAAAUGCACAUGUAAAUGUAGAUAGUAUUCGGAAGUCAAAUCAAGACAAUCCGAUAAGACAGAGAUUUUUGGUUAUGCAUAUAAGACUGAGCGUUGGCUCUCUUGGUUUCAAUUUCUC